UUCCGUUUUUUUUAUCUACUCAAACGGUAGCCGAACAGCCUGCUCGCUUCGCAUGUUAUUGUCAUUUUCCCACUAACUUUCUCAAGAAAAUUUAUUUUUCUGGAGCGAGUUAGGGGUUAUAUUAAAAUACUUGUAGAGAAGUAGGGAUCAUGAGCUUUCAAGAUCUGGAAGUUGGACGGCCUUUGGCGACGCGCCAAAAUCUGAACAACGGCAAGCAAGAUGCCACCCAAGCAGUGGCGUCCGGCAUUUUCCAGAUCAACACCUCCGUCUCUACCUUCCAGCGACUCGUCAAUACCCUCGGCACUCCUAAGGACACGCCUGAACUCCGAGAAAAACUGCAUAAAACGAGGCUACAUAUUGGACAAUUGGUGAAGGACACUUCGGCUAAACUUAAACAAGCUAGUGAAACACAUCAUCGUGCUGAAGUUAGUGCAAGCAAGAAGGUAACUGAUGCCAAACUUGCAAAAGACUUUCAAGCAGUUUUGAAAGAAUUUCAGAAAGCUCAACGGCUUGCCGCUGAAAGAGAAACAGCAUACACUCCUUUUGUUCCCCAAACAGUUCUUCCUUCAAGCUACACAGCUGGUGAGGUAGACAUUGGAUCAGAUAAAAGUGCCGACCAGCGGGCCCUUCUUGUGGAAUCAAGAAGACAGGAGGUCCUGCUGUUGGAUAAUGAGAUUGCAUUUAAUGAGGCCGUCAUUGAAGAAAGAGAACAAGGAAUUCAAGAAAUUCAUCAACAAAUUGGUGAGGUGAAUGAGAUCUUCAAAGAUCUAGCUGUGCUAGUUCAUGAGCAAGGAACCAUGAUUGAUGACAUUGGUAGCCACAUUGAAAAUUCAGGGGCUGCCACUGUGCAGGCAAAAUCCCAUCUUGUGAAGGCUGCAAAGACUCAGAGAUCAAAUUCUUCUCUGACUUGCUUACUCCUGGUGAUAUUUGCAAUUGUGAUUCUGAUCGUGGUCAUAGUCCUUGCAGCCUGAUAAGAAGCUUGUCCGAUUUGAUCAUAG